UUCUAAUUAUAAUUUUCAAAGGUCCACUCAUCUUUUUCCGUAGUAUGAGGAUGAUGCAGUGAGCUUCAUUUUCUACACCAGUCUCUCCCUCUCUCUCAAGAAAAGAAGAUAAAUGGAUUGCUCAUCAGAACAAAGACAGAUGAUCACAGAACCACUCUUGAGUAACGGAAAGGGUGGCAUCAGAACCAUACCUUUCAUCCUAGCAAAUGAGGCAUUUGAGAGGCUAGCAAGUUUUGGGCUAUCGACAAAUAUGAUUAUGUAUUUGACUAGAGAAUAUGGCAUGGAUGCUGCUCAAGGUGCUCAACUAUUGUUCCUUUUCUCAUCUGCCACGAAUUUCACACCAAUUCUGGGGGCUGUCCUCGCUGAUUCUUAUGUGGGUCGGUAUAGGAUGAUAGGUUUUGGGUGUAUGGCUAGCCUUUUGGGGAUGGUUCUAUUAUGGCUAACAACUUUUCCUGAAGCAAGACAGCCUCUUUGUGUCCACUUCAGUCACAGUUGCAAUUCCAGAAGCACGUUACAGCUUGUGCAUUUAUAUACAGCUUUUGGCUUCAUGGCCAUAGGAGCUGGUGGCAUUAGAUCGUCUUCCUUGGCUUUUGGUGCUGAUCAAUUGAGCAUCACACACAAUCUUCAACGUGCUAGAAUAAGGGAGAGCUUCUUCAGAUGGUAUUAUGUUACAGUCACGGCAUCGGUAUUUGUUGCUAUGACCUGUGUUGUAUACAUCCAGGAGAACAUGGGGUGGAUGGUGGGUUUUGGAGUUCCUGUGGUGCUCAUGAUUCUGUCAGCUCUUUCAUUCUCCUUGGCUUCUCCCUUUUAUGUGAAGUCGAAGCCUAAGGCAAGCUGGAUUACUGGGUUGGCCCAAGUUGUUGUUGCUUCCUUCAGAAAUAGAAGUGUCGAAUUAUCUACCCAAGCCACAGUUGAGGUGCGCUAUCAUACAACGGGAUCAAUUCUUCCAGUGCCAAGUAAAAGAUUGAGGUUUUUCAACAAAGCUUGCAUUGUUGGAAAUCCUCAAGUAGACGUGACUCCAGAUGGAAAUGCUUUGGAUCCAUGGAGUCUUUGUACAGUAGAUCAAGUAGAAGAUCUGAAAACACUGAUAAAGGUAAUCCCAAUAUGGUCAUCAGGAAUGUUGAUGUUCGUGAAUGUAAGCCAAGGAUCUUUUAUAGUGCUCCAGGUAUCCACCAUGGACCGACACAUCACUUCGAAAUUUGAAAUUCCUGCUGCCACCUUCCUUUCAUUUGCAGUUCUUGUUAUAGUAUUGUGGGUUGCUCUCUAUGAUCGCAUAAUUAUUCCCUUGGUUUCGAAAAUCAAGGGACAACCAGUUCGUCUCGGCUUGAAAAAAAGAAUGGGAAUUGGAAUCCUAUUAUCCACUACUUCCAUGGCUGCAUUAGCAAUUGCUGAGAGUGUUAGGAGGGAAACUGCAAUCAAGGAAGGAUUCUCAGACAGGCCUGAUGCUGGAUUGCACAUUUCUACAUUUUUGUUUUUGCCAUUUCUUGCCCUGUCUGGAGUAGCUGAGGCUUUCACUCCUAUCGGACAGAACGAAUUCUUUUACACCGAAUUGCCUAAAAGCAUGUCCAGUGUAGCCUCCACUCUUAAUGGGAUAGGAAUGUCUGUUGCAAGCUUGGUAUCCAGUUUUAUAGUUCGUGCUGUUCGUGAUUUAACGAAAGUAGAAGGUCAGGAGAGUUGGGUUUCAAGCAAUAUCAACAAGGGGCAUUAUGAUUAUUAUUAUUGGCUUCUUGCAAGUUUGAGCUUGGUUAACUUCUUAUAUUAUCUUGUUUGUAGCAAAUCUUAUGGUCCUUCCAUGGAAGAACAAAGGAACAUUCUUGCAGAUGAAAGUUAUUAGCCGCAGCUCAUGAGAUUCUUCAAUUGUAUUUAUAUAUGUACUUGGUAGGAUUUUUAUUUUAAAAAAUUUAGACUUGAGUAA